AGAUGAGUUUUUUUAAGGAGGACAAUCUAUAUCUAUCGAUCACUGAAGAUGAGUUUUUUUAAGGAGAAACAAUUCGGUUAGAAAUCAAGGACACAACCGACCGAGGCCUUUAAGUUGUUGCGUUACACUUCCGGAACCCAAUACACAGCGCAUCCGUACGAAAGGCAGGCCGCCAGACCGCCAGACCGCCAGAAGUCGUUCCGGCGGAACGGAAUCACAUCGACGUCCGCCCCUCGUGCUCGUGGUAGAACAGUUCGCCACGAUAAAUAAGGUCGGUGAAACAGCAACGUGCGCGCCGCACCGCCACCACCACCAGUGCAGGCUGCAGCAGCCAGAGCCAGCCCCCACCCCCAACCAACCACCGCACUCAAAGCGGGCGCAGGCGCAGUCGCCGUGCCGCGUGAAGCCAAAGCCCAUCUAUCCAACCAACCGCGUCGGGGCUCCGUAGUCCGUUGUUGAGUUUCCGCUCCUCGCCCUCGGUCGCCGAGUCCAACAGGGAGGGGGAGGAGGAGCGGCUGCGCUCGCAAUCCAUUCCAUACCAUUCUCCCUAGUCUCCCGGACUCUCCCUCCCUCCCUAAUCUUCUCGUCCGUCGUCUCCCAUGGAACGGCUCAUCUCCACGCCCGCCGCCUCCCCGACCCAAACCCGGAUCCGGGGACCCCUUUCCCUCCCCUCUCGGCUCCCCGCGGCCGCGGCAUGGCCGCGGCUGCGCUGCCGGCCCGGCGCGAUCGCGCUGGCGUCGCCGCUGCGCCACGAGGCUCUCUCCGCCGCACCGGAGGAGGCGCGGAGCCAGCCGCCGCCACCGGCUGCCGUCGGCAGCCCGUGGGAGCUUCUCGGGAGUCUGCUCCCAAAGGCUUGCACUGCUGCCCUUUUCCUAUUGAUGACAGUUGUUACUAGUUCCCUGCACUCGAGCCUUCCUGCCUAUGCAUCGAUGCAACCAGUUGCCAAAACUGGUGGAGGAGGAGGUCUCUUCACGACAGAGAUACUAAGCAGUGGCUGGGCUGGUUUUUUAGCUGGGUGCUUACAUACCUUGUCUGGGCCAGACCAUCUGGUUGCCCUGGCGCCACUGUCAAUUGGGAGAUCCAGACUUGAGAGCGGACUGGUUGGCGCCCUUUGGGGCUGUGGCCAUGAUGCAGGGCAAGUCAUUUUCGGCCUGCUCUUCUUGCUACUCAAGGACCGGUUGCACAUCGAGGUGUUCCGUGCAUGGGGAACAAGAGUUGUAGGCCUGACCCUUCUGAUCAUAGGAGCCAUGGGUGUCCGGGAAGCUUCGGAGGUCCAAGAGUCCUCGCUGGUGCUGGAGGGCGUGGACACCAGCAGCAUGAGCAGCAACGAGCCUCUGCAGCCCGCUUCAGCUCCCCGGAAGAAGAAAGUCGGUUUCGCAACGUUCGCCACGGGGAUCGUCCAUGGGCUCCAGCCGGACGCCCUGCUGAUGGUCCUGCCAGCGCUGGCUCUCCCGUCGCGCUUCGCCGGCGCGGCCUUCCUCGGCAUGUUCCUGGUCGGCACCGUGUUCUCGAUGGGGAGCUACACUGCCUUUGUGGGCUCCUGUAGCGAGGCCCUGAAAGAGAAGGUUCCUAGGAUAACAGAGAAACUGACCUGGGCUGCCUCGCUCGUAGCUAUAGCCAUGGGUGUAGCCCUCCUGGUUGGGCAGUUCUUUGGGUUCAGCCUGUACUGAUGCUAGCAGCUACGGUACGUGUGUUUUACUCGAUCGGCGCGGUAUUGUUUUUCUGUAAGAGCAUCGCUGGCAAUUAGUUUGAUAUUAUCAUUAUCAUAGAUGGUUAUUGUUUGUGAGACUACUGCUGCAACUAGACCUGUCACCUGCUUACUUUACACUGAUUUUCUGCUCUGUAUCAUUUGCUUUUUAA